CGGAAGUGGCGUCCUCACUCCUCGCCGUUUCAAAAUGCCGCUGGGGCCUCGGGGCCUGUGAGUGACGCCCCGAGCGCCCCCCGCGCGGGCCAGGCGGGGCAGAGCGACCCAUGGAGCGGCCGUGAGAUUCAGCAGCAGAUUGAAAAUUCUUCACUGCCAAAAUGACUUCACUUCCUAGUUCUGCCCAGUGUUCAACAUCUAGUAGUGCUUGCGGGAUCUCACCAGAACAGAUCAGUAAGGUACGACCCAAACUCCCACUUUUGAAGAUUUUGCAGGCAGCAGGUGCACAGGGUGAAAUGUUCACUGUGAAAGAGGUCAUGCAUUACCUAGGCCAGUAUAUAAUGGUGAAGCAGCUUUACGACAAGCAGGAGCAGCAUAUGGUGUACUGUGGUGGAGAUCUUUUGGGAGAACUACUGGGACGUCAGAGCUUCUCUGUGAAAGAUCCAAGCCCUCUCUAUGAUAUGCUAAGAAAGAAUCUUGUCACUUUAGCCACUGCUACUACAGAUGCUGCUCAGACUCUCGCUCUCGCACAGGAUCACAGUAUGGAUAUUCCAAGCCAAGACCACCUGAAGCAAAGUGCAGAGGAAGAUUCCAGUUCCCGGAGAAGACCUGAAGAAGGCAAUAUUCCCACACUGCCUACCUCACAGCAUAAAUGCAAGAGUUCUGGAGAAGGUGAAGACCUGAUAGAAAAUUUAGCCCACGAUGAGACAUCCAGCCUGGACCUUGGGUUUGAGGAGUGGGAUGUGUCCGGUCUGCCGUGGUGGUUUCUAGGAAACGUGAGAAACAGCUAUACACCUAGGAGUAAUGGCUCAACUGACUUACAGACAAAUCAGGAUCUAGGUACUGCAGUUGUUUCAGACACCACAGAUGACUUGUGGGUUUUGAACGACUCAGUGUCAGAGCAGUUCGGUAUUGGAAUAAAAGUGGAAGCUGCUGAUUCUGAACAAUCAGAAGUAGGAAAAAUGAGAGAAAAAAAGGUGAUUGAAGUGGGGAAAAAUGAUGAAUUUGAGGACUCUAAGUCUGUAAGUGAUGAAACUGAUGUCGAAGUUACCUCUGAGGAUGAGUGGCAGUGUACUGAGUGCAAGAAAUUUAACUCUCCAAGCAAGAGAUACUGUUUUCGCUGCUGGGCCCUGAGGAAGGAUUGGUAUUCAGAUUGUUCUAAAUUAACUCAUUCUCUCUCUACGUCCGAUAUCACUGCCAUACCAGAAAAGAAAGAAAAUGAAGGGAUUGAUGUCCCUGAUUGCCGGAGAACCAUAUCAGCUCCAGUUGUUAGACCUAAAGAUGUUUAUAUAAAGGAAGAAAGCGCCAAACUUUUUGACCCUUGCAACUCAAUGGAAUUCUUGGAUUUGGCUCAUAGUUCAGAAAGCCAGGAGACCAUAUCAAGCAUGGGAGAACCAUCCGAUAACCUUUGUGACCAGAAGACAGACGCGGAUAACAUGGAGGACUGCCAGAAUCUCUUGAAGCCUUGUAGUCUGUGUGAGAAAAGACCACGAGAUGGGAACAUUAUUCAUGGAAGGACAGGUCAUCUUGUUACAUGUUUUCACUGUGCCAGAAGAUUAAAAAAGGCUGGGGCUUCCUGUCCUAUUUGCAAGAAAGAAAUUCAAUUUGUUAUUAAGGUUUUUAUAGCAUAGCUGAGCCAGUGAAUGGCAGAACAGUAAUGCCAGGGCCAGGCUGUGCACCAGAACGUCAGUAUUCAGCAUCCCUCCACAGUGGGGCCUUUUACUGAUCAUUUCCUCAGAUAGAACACAUCUCUGUUCCCGGCGCUUUUUGCUUUCAGACAGUUUGCGGAAUUUGAGUGAGUUCUUUUGAAUUUGGGGCUCCAUGAACAUGAAAACUAUCUUAAUUCAUUCUCCCUACAAAGAUAUGGAUUAGCUGCCAGUAUAAAUGCAAAUACGUUCACUUAUCACUAAAUUAUUUGAGAUUAAUGAGCUAAUUUUGGUUCCUUCUCUUUUCUGUUUGUGAAUGUUCUUAAAAUCCAAGGUGGCGGCUAGGAGAAUGUUGAAGCUAACAAUGAAAAAACACUGUGUUAUUAGGUUACAUUGAUGUAGGUCGUUUUAUGUUGCAGUCCAGCCAUGGUUCAAAGAUCCCAAAUGUCUUGAAAAACAAGACUUUUGGGGGCUGGGGAUGUAGCACAGUGGUGGAGUGUCUGCUUCCCAUGAAAGUAUGGGGGUGUGGGGGUUCAGUUUCCAGCACUUCCUUCCCCCACCCUCCGCAAAAUGCGACACAGUCAACCUGAACAAGAAAUGUCCUGGACUAAUGGCAUCAACAAUUUGCUGACAUACUCCUAAACCCUUUUGCACAUCCAGACAGAUUGAGACGAGCCAACAAGUAUUUCCCUCUGAUGAAUUGUGACCAUCUGAGUAGCCAGCCCAAGCAUGUGGGCUGUGUUCACUCAACAUUCCCUCUGCCCUUUCCAGGCAAGUCUCUCCAUGUCAUGGCUUCCUCUGGCUUUGUUUUCCAUUUGCACAUGUUUAAUUUGACAUCUACCAUUUAAAAAUCAAAUAGAAAAAAUACACUAUCCAAGAUACUGUAUAUGUGCAUUCACAGUAUUUUUGAAAUCAAACUUGGAGACAAUUAGGUUUGUAGAAAAGGCCCUACCUGUCAGAUAAACUAGCUAUGCCGAUUGUAACAUUAAUCAGCCAAAUCAAACUUCACAUUCUCCCAGAAGACGUUUAGUUUUAAUUUGGAUUCAGAUGUGUUAAUAGAGGUCACUCGGUUAACUUCACUUGCUGCUCUAGAAACAAGGCAAAGAAUUUUUAAAAAGUCCAUCCAGCUGGAGUCACAGUGAUUUGCAGGACUGUGAGUGAUAGGGUUUCCUGUUAAGUUACAGCCCUCCACCCUCCACCCUCCACCAGCCUGUCCACUUCCCUCUACUCUUGUCUGAUUGUGUCUCUUCUGACCCAACAAGGCACACCAUCUGAACCAAAGUGCUGUUUUACUGUGGCCUCGCUGUCAGCUGGGGAGUCCUGGAUGUCUACUUUUUUCCAAACUUUUGAUAUCAUCGCUAGAUGUAUUUUUUACACACGGGUAAUACUCCAGUGAGAUUCUAGGUAAAUGAUAGCCAGUCUUUUGAAAAUAGGAAAGGGUUUGGCAGUUGUGAAAAGAAAAGUAAUUGAAGAGAAUGAGGGACCUAGUGAGACAUCAUCUGAACACAAAAAUCUUGAGAAUCACCUGGGUUGUUAAAAAGAAGCUCAGCUGCCAUAUCCCAAUACACACACACACACACACACACACACACACACACACACACACACACACACACACACACACACACACACACACACACACACACACACACACACACACACACACACACCCUCACAUUCUUGAUCACACAUACACAUAUACACACUUACCCUAUCAUAUAUACACAUUCCUGUCUGGACCUGGGAUUUCCAUUUCUUAGAGUCAAUCUUGAAGUCAUACGUCUCAUUAUUUUUUUUCCUUUUUUGGGGGGGUAUAUAAGUAGUGCUACUGGGGGCUGGAGUGAUAGCACAGCGGGUAGGGCGUUUGCCUUGCACGCGGCCGACCCGGGUUCGAAUCCCAGCAUCCCAUAUGGUCCCCUGAGCACCGCCAGGAGUAAUUCCUGAGUGCACGAGCCAGGAGUGACCCCUGUGCAUCGCUGGGUGUGACCCAAAAAAGCAAAAAAAAAAAAAAAAAAAAAAAAAAAAAAGUAGUGCUACUAAUUUAAUUUGGGAUAACAAUUAUUUUGCUCCAAGAAUCUGACUUGCAGUGAAAAGAACUUUUAGAACUGUCACUUUCAGCACUUUCUUGUAAGAGAAAAGGCCCUGUGAAAGUCAUAUUCCUAUAUGUCCAGAUGGAUGACUUCUUGCAGGGGGAGGAAGACUCAAAUAGCAGAACCUGAAGCCUUCCCUCCCAGUAUUCCUCUUUGGGAAUGUAGCUUGGGUGUUGGGCUUCCUAGUUUUUAGGGCAAAGAUUCCCUUUUGCCCUGAAAGUAAAACCAGUCUUUUGAGUUUGUGUUUUACUAGACUGUGGUAAAUAUUCUAAAACCUUAAAGAGUUUGGGUCAGGGUGAUAGUACAGUGGGUAGAGCAUUUGCCUUGCACACUGCUGACCCUGGUGACUCCUGGCAGUCCCUGAGUCCUGCUAGAGUGACUUGAUCCCCUGAGCAGAGGGGCGUGGAGUAAGCCUUGAAUACCACUGAGUGUGAUUCAAAAACCAGCGCCCCCCAUUCUCCUACAAAAAAAAACCCCAACAACCCCAAACCUUAGAAUAUUAUAUUACUUUCUUCUCUAUUUCCCCUUUAUUCUACUUGUAAUAGUCUGAUAUCCUUGCAUUUUGUUUUGAUUUCCCAAUUAAGUACUUUUUGAAAAUGAUAAAGAGGAAAGUUGGGUGCCAGCACUUGUACCCUGUGAUUUCCCCUUAGAUAAUUCUGUAGAUUUAGAGAAAGUUUAAGAAAACUGAGCUCCUUGGUGUUGAUUUCAGUUGCGUUCUCUUCCAGUCUGCACCAUGCGUCUCAGCGCUCCUCUCCCUUCCCCUUCUGUUCGCUUGCAGUUUUCUCUGCACCACACACAUUGCUUAGAAGAUCCUAAAUGACACUUUUCUUUUUUUUUAAGCUCAAUCACGUCUUUCAAGAAACAGACCCAUCAUGAUAGAUUCUUAAAAUUUUGUUCUGUUUUCAGUGCUGUGGCGGGUUCCUGGGUUUGAUUCCCCUAUAGAGGGUUGUGGACCUGAGUAGUGCUCUGUGGGAGCAAUUCUGUGCGGUACGGGUGUAUUUUAUUCACGGCCACUGAAACGACGUGGUUGUACGUGAAGUCUCCAUAGUGUACUACUGCAAGGUCAAGGGAUAACUAGACUUCCAAACACUACCAUUCAUCUUAAGUAACCAUAUUCUCUGGCUUUCUGGGCGCAGUGGUGCUUAGUCCCUAGUUUCCAGUACUUAUCUGGACGGUCUCUGUUCUCAGAUACCUUCACUGGGACUCAAAUCCUUGCCAUCCUAGUUCAUAGGUGAGCUCUACUUCAGUUAAGUCUCGACUGUGAGAAAAGGAUCUGGUAAAGUACAUCAGUACUUCAGUGGUGUUCACAGUUACAUUCCUAGGCCAUUGGCUUGGAUAACAUCAUCCAGUAUUAGCCUCAACUUAGUGAUUAACAUUCACGAUCAUCGUAUCUGCACAAAAUGUUCAUAGCAAAAGUGUUAGAAAACCAGUGAAUUUCUAGAUUUCAGCUAAAAACACUUUCAUCUCAGCUCCCUUUUCUUGUACUUCCUAAUGUUUGGUUUGCUUUAGUAUUUAAUACUUAAAUCAAAGUUUAUAAGGAUCUUAGUUAGCCCAAGGCUACCACAGUUUUCCCAUGGUCCGUCUGUGGGAUAGCGAAAGUUCCCAUUGUUGGCUGAAAGUGACCUAGGGCCCAGCCUGGCCAGCCUCCAACUGCCACGAACUUUUCUAGAACUAAGACUCACUGCCAAGCCUUUGACUUACGCGUUAUAUUUAAGUUAUAAUUUAUGUUUAGUUGUCUAUAAUGCUUUGUAGUAUGUUACUUUGUUUAUAAGAGUUUAUUUUUAAAGGUCAGGAUCAUGUGGAAACUUUUAAAAUGGAGAUUCAAUGCAAUGAUAUCUUUGAAAAGUCAUUGAUAACAAUUGUUGCAUGUUAGAUCUUGGGUUCUACAAGGCUGUUAUAGUGUUACCUCUUGAUUCUCUUCACAAAGUAGAAAACUUGUUAACCAGCUAUAUUGUUUUUCUUUCCCAGUUAUGUUGAUGUCUAGAAAUAUGCAGUUUUAGAUACUGUGAACUUACUGUUUUCUCUUUAGCCAAGUAUCUUUUUAAAUUGUUCAUACCUGUGUCCUAAAGAACACGGGUCUCCCAUUUUUGCUGGUUCUUCGUUUGUGGAUGCACAUAUGCCUGCAUGCACUCCCAGUGCUGUCAAAUGACUUUGUGAGUAGUAACCAUAGUGUGUAGGGUAUACAUUUCAGAGACAAAGGAACCUGCGAACUCCCUCCUGUGCCAAAUGUAAAAUGUACGAUGUUUACAAAUGUCUGGAAUUUUGCACUGCCUUAGUAAGGUCUACUUUGCUGGAAUUUCCCAGAUUUGAGAUGAGAAGAGUUGAAGUUAAACUGGAAAUGAGAAUGUGAGGCGGUGGGUUCACGUGGCCUGAGAACUCCCAUGGGGAUUUUUCCAGAUGACUUUAAGAUGUCCUUUCUGUUGACAGAGCUUUCCUUGUUUGCUACAGCUAUUUUUUUCCCCCCUUUCUUCUUUUUAGGAGCUGUCCAAUUUUUUCUCCUAUGGGAGAAUGUCCCGUGAGCAUUUUGAGAUCCUUUGGUGCAAUGAAUGUGCAAUCAUAAGCAAUGCUAUUAUUGGUGACAAUAAUUGUUAAAAUGUUAAAUGACAAUAGUUGUUAAAAUGUUGCAGUGAGUUGAAGUGUGGGUCCACCGUACCUCUGUCAGGAGGCUUUUGAAUAAGGAUGUUACGGGGAAAUGGUCAUCUGCAGAAAAACAAUUUGAGCUUCUUGGCGACUUUCAGCCCAAGGUGCUGCCGCUCUAGCAGUGAUUUUCCUCCACGCAGGACCCUGACAGGCUUUCGAGAGCACAGUAGGAUCGGAGAAUCCUCAGCACUGCGAGUCGGAAGGCCAGAGGUCCUAGAAAAGAGCCAACUUUGCUAUCUCGGUAAUUUCCUUUCUCACAACAGUUGGCUGCCAUUUGGUAAAUGCGGUAGUGACAAUUGGCAUCAUUUGUAAAACCAUUUAUAAGAGCAUCUAAUUUCUUAACCCAAGUUAGUUGUUUAAACAGUACUUUGAUGUCAGACACUUACCUGCCAUUUCCCCGACUGUUGCUCUUUUACCAUGGAGUUACACGUUUUUUAAUCUCUUUCUGGAUAUUGUUUUUAUACCAAAGGCCUUCUCUGUCACCCCUUUGGUGGUUGUAGCAAGAGUGUGAGAUUUAGGCGUCUCUCCCAGUGCCGAGUGCUUCUGCUGCAGGAUAAGGGCGUGGGCUCCAGCAGCAAGAGGAAGGUGAGACGCCAGAGCUGCUGUUUCACAUAAAGCUUCUUAUGGCCCAGGACAUCCUCUGUGUAUCAAAUGGGAGAGUCAGGGAAAUCAGCUACCCCUUAGCUCAGCACUUGUCUCUGAAUAAGACGUUCUCAUUCAGACUACAGCUAGGAACUGUUAAGUGCCUUCUUGGAUAGGGUAGGGAGUAAAUACUAUCUUGAGUCCCUUUCUCAACCAUAUUAAGCUGUGUCUGUGUGCGAGCGAGCGAGCGUGUGUGUGUGUGUGUGUGUGUGUGUGUGUGUGUGUGUGUGUGUGUGUGUGUGUGUGUGUGUGUGUGUGUGUGUGUGUUGUGAGGGAUCAAACCCAUGGCUUCACACAUGCAAAGCUAGUGGUUGGCCGGUAAGCCACACCCCCAGCCUCACAGGUUCCAUUUCUCUCAGCUGUGAGAUGAGUACACAUACUACUACUCUUUCUACCUCAUUGUUUGUUGUGGGGUUUGAAGAUGGUGGAGCAGCUUAAGAAGCUGUAGCUUCCAGGAGUCAAAUAUUAGAAGUUGUUAACCUUGGUAGAUAAGCUUACCUCAUGUCUAGGUAGCUGAGCAUAAUCUCCCCUUUAUAUCUGCUUAGCAGGGCAACAGGAAAAAACGUGCAAUUUUCCAAGUAACACCUGAUCAGGUAGUCAUAAUGAACAGAAGUAGCAACUGGAGUUUCAUAAGGUGGGAAGAAAAAAGGCAGUUAAAAAUACCUUUGAGGGUAGUUGCCAGCUCACUAAAUGAGGAAAGGAGACAUUUCCCGUAUGGUCUUACUUAAUCAUUAUAAGCACGGACAUGGAUUGCUCUGUAUCUUUUUGGUGUUUGCACUAUGUAAUGCUUUCUAUGCCUGUUGAUUUGAUUGUAAAUUUUUUGUGCAUUAAAUAUCUUUUAUUUUGCCA